UUGAGUAUAUACCUUCUUGAUAGUUGAUACACAGUCACAAUAAAAUACAUUAUUAUUAUAAUAUUAUUUGUUUAGUCUUUAUGUUUAUUGCUAUAAACCAAAUUUGUCCAGUGCUUAUAUUUGUUAUUAUAUUCUACACUAAACUCAGAUGUAUAUUUAGGAAUAGCUAAAAUUAUAGUGCUGAGUUUUUAAAUUUAAACAAAAUAAUGAAUGACAUACUGAGACCCGAAUUGAUUUGGAUCGAAGGAAGAUGCUAUAGAGUAAACGAUCCCAUAACUAAUGUUACAGCGUUUCAAGAGCAAGAUUUGUACGAAACUGAAUUGCCAUACAAUGAGAUUGAUGAUGAGGAAGAUGAUGAUGAUGAUGAUCUUGCUGAAAUAACACAAGUGGAUAACAGUAGAUACUAUACCAGUUUUCAUGUUUCUAAGCACUAUUUAGGGUCAAUUAUUGGUAAAAAAGGUGCUACUGUGAGCAGAAUUGGCCGAGAUACAAGAACUGAUAUUAAAAUACCGAGACAUGGAGAAAAUAAGGAUAUUUCUAUAUAUGGAUCAAGUGUUUCUAAUGUUAAAGCAGCUAAAAGAAGAAUAAAUAUAAUUGUUAUUUCAUCUCGAAUGAAACAAAGAUCCACACACUUUAUAUCAAUUCCUUUGAAUCUUCCAAAUAUUAUUAAACAGUUUGAAAACUUUAAGGAGCAUGUUCUUCGUGACUGUGUAAGUAGAGGCUUAGAAGAAUCUUUGUUUAUUAGAGGAGAGAAACUACAUCUAACUGUUGGUGUUAUGUGCUUAAUGGAUAAUGAGGAGCGUCUGACAGCCUCAAAAUUACUCACAGAAGCCAGAGAAAAAUGUAUAAUGCCACUGCUCAGUGAAUAUCAGCCUCUUCAAAUAAGAUUGAAAGGAUUAUCAUAUAUGAACGAUGACCCUAAGGAGAUAAAUGUUUUAUAUGGUUGUGUUGAAGAGGUCAAUGCUCCUUCGGGAUUAGUUCAGAGAAUUGUUGAUUCUAUUGUAUCACAUUUCUAUAAAGCAGGUUUCAUGGAUAAAGAAUAUGAUCGUGAUCAUGUCAAACUGCAUGUCACAUUAUUGAAUUCAAAAUAUAGAGGAAGAGACAAAGGUAUGGAUGAGGAAGCUAUUUCAAAACAAAGCAAUAAACGAGAAACGUUUGACGGUUCUCAAAUACUAUCAAAGUUUUCUGAUUACGAUUUCGGCACCACAGAGCUGAACAACAUACAUUUAUCUCAACGCAAAUCUACGGGACCCGAUGGAUAUUAUCAAUCAACAUGUGUUAUUUCUUGUAGAAUAUAAAAAGUUAUAAAAAAGUA